GAUUAUGGAGCCCCCAAGGGGGCUUUUCUUCUUUCUCCAGCUUGACUCCAAAGAUGCCUCAGUUACUGCGAAACAUUAACGGGAUCAUCGAAGCCUUUGGGCGCUACGCCAGGACAGAGGGCAACUGCACGGUGCUCAGCCGGGGGGCGCUGAAAAGGCUCUUGGAGCAUGAGUUUGCUGAUGUCAUCGUGAAACUCCACGAUCCGGCCACUGUGGAUGAAGUCCUGCGCCUGCUGGACGAAGAUGACACAGGGACUGUGGAAUUCAAGGAAUUCCUGGUCUUGGUGUUUAAAGUCGCCCAGGCCUAUUUCAAGACUCUGAGUGAGAGUCCUGAGGGAGCUUGUGGAUCUCAAGAGUCUGGAAGCCACCCCUCUGGGGCCUCGCAAGAGCUGGGGGAAGGACAGAGAAGUGGCACCCAAGUGGAAAGCGUUGGGAAAGGACAGCGUCAUGAGGCAAGCAGUUGUGGGCAGAGUGAGCAGGCCUCCAGAGGGCAGGGAGGGACUGAGACUCAGACCCAGGGUCAAGACAUCAGCUCUACUCAAGUCAGUCAUCAUGACAGGCAGUCUGAGUCCCAGAGACAGAAGAGAGAGAUCCAGCAGACACAAGGGAGGGGGCAUGUGGAGCAGACCCAGCAAGUGGGAGAAGACAACAGUCAUCAGACAAGAGAGCUGGGGUCAGAGAGACAGUCGCAGACUAGGGAACAGGGCAGAGCCCACCAGACAAGUGAGACCAUGAUUGGAACCGUAACUCAGACCCAGACAGGUACCACUCAGACCACAGAGCAGGACAGGAGCCAUCAGACAGGAAGCAGUGGCACUCAGCCCUGGGAGUCUACAUACAGCCAGACCAGAAGGACUGAGACCCACAGUCAAGACAGGAGCCAGACAAGCCAAGUGGUGACAGGAGGACAUGUUCAGACACAGGCGGGGUCACACACCCACACCCAGGCGUCCACAUAUGGCCAGACCAGAGGAACUGAGACCCACAGUCAAGACAGGAGCCAGACGAGCCAGGUAGUGACAGGAGGACACGUUCAGGCACAGGCAGGGUCACACACCCACACCCAGGAGUCCACCUAUGGCCAGACCAGAGGGACUGAGACCCACAGUCAAGACAGGAGCCAGAUGAGCCAAGUGGUGACAGGAGGACACAGUCAGGCACAGGCAGGUUCACACACUCAGACUGUGGAGCAGGACAGGAGCCAGACUGCAAGCCAUGUAGGGUCUGGAGAACAGGGACAGACCCAGACGCAAUCAGGCAGUGGUCCAAGAUGGACACAAGUGAGCAACUACGAGGCAGGAGAGACAGUGCUAGGAGGGCAGGCCCAGACUGGGGCGAGCACUCACUCAAGGUACAGUGUGACAGGAGGGCAGGGAGAGAGAGAGCCCACAGUGGUUACCCAGGAGUGGGUAGAUGACCAUACAAGGAAGAUAGUGAUCCAAAGGCAGGACCAGGGCAGCCUGCAUACCAGUGUGCCUUCAGCACAGGGCGAGGAAGCAGCCCAGAGGGAAGGGAAGCCAGGCAUCACAGCCAGGGGGCUAUAUUCCUACUUCAAAAGCACCAAGCCAUGAGUGUCCCACCCCUGGACUCCAGUGCCAGGAAGGCGACAGCUGGAGAGGGGUUGGCUUAUCUUGCUCUGGCCAGACUAGUUGGCAUGUCCCUGGACAUCAGCUCUUAAUCAUGGUGCUUCUCUUUUAGGUCUUUCUCAGAGAGACUCUUUCUGCAAGGUGCUUUCUAUCCUAAACUCUUCUCUCUUACCUGCUUUGCUGUGCUCCUCUCAGGAGCAGGACGACACAGAGCAAGUGAUUCCUUUGUGCUGAAUUCUCCUCAGCUUGUGGAAGUUUUCAGAGCUACUUUUAUCUCUGCCAUCUGUCCAUUGCCCCCUCUAUCCUAAUGCAUCAAUAAAACUUUC